CGAAGCAAAGCCCUUUCGACGCGUCACUAGUUCCGCUCUUUUCGCUCCCUCUUCUCCUUCUCUUGGAUUCCAGCUCUCCGAUCCCUCCAAGAUUGGAAUUAUGAGUGGGACUGUUGAUGCUCAAUCACAUGCUACACAUUCUGGUGGUCAGUCAUCAUCCCAUCAUGUGCAAUAUGGCACAGACCACUUGACCGGAAUUAGUGUUGCCAAAAUGUGGAACCCAGCUUCUGUUUCUUUGGUCAGGCAUCAACUUCAAGAGGUCCCUCCCAAGAAUGAUAGAGGAGAUGAGUUCCGUAAACAAUUUAUGGAUGAAGAGAUUACAGAACUUUAUUCAAGAUCUCUGUCCCAGGAAGAAGAGAUUCAUCUACUUCGCAGACGAAUAGCUGAUGCUCGUGCCAAUGAGCUUCAAUUAUUACAAGAGAAACAUAUUUUAGAGAGGAAACUUUCUGACUUGCGCAUGGUGCGUGGUGAGAAGCAGAGGGGUGCUGCAUCUGAUGCCUACACAGAACUGACUCAAAGAAGACAUUAUAUUGACCAAAAUUUAUCAAUGGAAACCGGCAUAAGGGCUGCUGAGGAAGAUAAGUAUAUCUUCACCUCAUCAUUGUUAAGCCUAUUGGCUGAAUACAAUAUUCAACCACAUGAGCUUGAUCCCUCUACAAUUGUCAAUAGUGUAAAGAAUUUGUACCGCGAUAUGCAUUGGAAGCUUAGAUCUGCUGAGGCUAGUUUUGCUAGUAGAAACAAUCUGAUAGGAAGGCAAGCUGGUGAGAUAGCCUCUAACAUUAAUCAGAUUCCAAAAUUUUCAAAUAGUCAACUUUCUCAUGAACACAUGGAUUUGAAUAUGAAUGAUUUUCAUCGACAGAACCACACGUCUGGUGAAAUGCGCUUAGAAUCAUCUGGUUACCAAAGAGCUGUUCAUGAUCCUGAUUUGUCAAUUGUCAAGGAAGUGAAAUUUCCUCCUAGUCCUGACUCGGAAUUUGAGUUUAGUAAUUUCAAGAGGGAUGUUGGAGGUGCGACUACGCCUGGCUAUGUGGAUGGUAAUGUUGGUGAGGCCCAGACUAGGAAAUCAGCCAUGGACGCUCAGUUCCAGAAUCCAGCUAUGCAUGAAAGACAGACAUCCUCUUUGUCAGAGGGUGAAAUUUCUUUACCCGGUAUAGAAGGAUUCCAAAUAUUUGGUGAAGCAAAACUAGGGUCCACUCUAAAAGCUUGUGGUUAUCCUAUAAAUGGUACUUCUCUUUGUGUUUUUCAGUGGUUUCGGCAUCUUCAUAAUGGGACUAGGCAAUCGAUCGACGGAGCCACUGUUCCGGAUUAUGUGGUGACUGCUGAUGAUGUCGGCACUCUUCUUUCUGUGGACUGCAUUCCGAUGGAUGAAAGUGGUCGUCAGGGGGAUUUGGUGAGCCUCUUUGCAAACAACCAACUUGAAAUAACAUGUGAUCCAGAUAUGCAGGUGGAGAUUGAUGCCCUUGUAUCUACAGGGAGAGCAACAUUUAGUGUUCAAUUAUUAAAAGAUUCUUCCGAAGACUGGGAACCAACGAUGUUGAUCUUGAAAAGAUCUAGCUACCAAAUAAUGUUCAAGAACGCGGAAGCUGUGAUUGCAGAAGAAAAGUAUUCGACUGACCAACAUAUUAAAGUUCCACUUGGACUCUCAACUCAGUUUGUCCUGAUACGUUCUGAUGGAACUUCUUUACCAUUCACCACAAAUGGAACUCAGCCAAAUAGUCUGGAUAAUGUUCGAUUGCGUGAUAUGAUAGUGCUGACCAUGAGAACUUUCCAGUCAAAGGCAUUAGAUAUUAAAGGAAAAGGCAAGGGAUAACAUAGAUUUUAGUUUCACUAGGAUCAACUGCCACUGAAAAAUGCUUUAGAUAGUAAAAGAAAAAGCAAGGCAUAAAAUAGAUGAUCACUGGUCAGAAUCUCUACAAAUUUGUAGGUACUAUACAGUUGUUUUGCACAGUAAAUAAUUGGCAGGGAUUCAACAAGAAUAAAUUUUGCCUGAACAGUGCGUACUUGACAAUAAUCUACCGUGGCUUCUGUGGUCUUUCAUACUGAACUGUGACUGAUGGGGGUUGUAUUUGUUAUAUUCUUUUGUGGGAUGAUUUUGAUAAGGCCACUAUAUUGUCUUGUGUAGCUCAUUGUAAAAAGCAGUUGUUUUUGUAUUUGGUCCGUAUGGAUAUUCUCCACAGUUCAUAAAUGCAUCUGACUGAACAUAUCCAAUGUUCACUGUUCGUCUUUGCUGGAUCAGUUUUCUGGCAAACAACUUCA